ACUGAAAAAUCGUUCCUUGACAAUAUACUAUUUAAAUUUCAGUUGUUCCUUAGUUUCAUAGUAAAGUGCUUAAAACCUCUUGAUAAUUAAUUGAGUCAUGCUACCCAUUCGCAAACAACUGGCAAUAGUUGGAGGUGCAUGUGGCAAAACUAGUAUGAUAACGGUCUUUCGUGAAAAUCAGUCUUGUCUGAAUCAGCCCUCGGUGCCCACGGUGUGGGAACAUUAUGAGGCAAAAGUUGAGGUGGAAGGAUUACAGGUUGAAUUGUUAAUAAAAGAGACUAAUGGAAAUGAGGAUUACGAUCGACUUCGACCUUUGAGUUAUCCUGGUACCGAUGUUGUUGUAAUCGUCUUCUCGAUAGAUUGUCGCUUUUAUUUCGAAGCUGUAAGUGAUAAAUGGAAACGGGAAAUAAGGCACUAUUUACCUAAUGUUCCAAUUAUUUUGGUUGGCAACAAACGCGACUUACGCUCUGAUCCUGAUCACUUAAAGGAACUGGCAAAGCGUAAGCAACAAAUUAUUACAAAAGAAGAAGGUAUGGAAAUGGCCCAGAGGAUCAAAGCCUUUGCAUAUCUUGAAUGCUCUGCCUUGACGCAAGAAGGUGUACGGGAAGUCUUUGAAACCGCAACUAGAGCCUCAUUUCAGGUCGUAUUGACGAAGAAUAACAAGAAAAAAUGUGUCCUACUUUAAAUAUCGAAAUGUAUAAGGCACAUCACUAUCGCAAAUAUUAAAUAACAUUGCAUAAAAACGUUUGAA